AUGGCCAUCAAACCCAUCACUGGUAUGCUCAAACGGGGCCUCGUCGUCGACUUGUCCAUCGGUCUAGGUAUCGGAAUGGUAAUGGGUAGCGCUUACUGGUACGGAUACCACAUGCCUCGCACCCACGGCCGAGACAACUUCUACAAACAAUUGGAAGCCGAGCGCGCUGCCAAGUCCGGUUAG